CGGGCGCGCAGCGAGCGCGGGCGGGAGGCGGCGCCGCGGCUCCGCCAUGUCCACUCCGGCGCGCCGCCGCCUGAUGCGCGACUUCAAGAGAUUGCAAGAGGACCCUCCUGUGGGUGUCAGUGGUGCACCAUCUGAGAAUAAUAUAAUGCAAUGGAAUGCAGUUAUAUUUGGGCCAGAAGGGACACCUUUUGAAGAUGGUACUUUUAAACUAGUAAUAGAAUUUUCCGAAGAAUAUCCAAAUAAGCCUCCAACUGUUAGGUUUUUAUCAAAAAUGUUCCAUCCAAAUGUGUAUGCAGAUGGCAGCAUAUGUUUAGAUAUUCUUCAGAAUCGCUGGAGUCCAACAUAUGAUGUUUCAUCUAUUUUAACUUCAAUUCAGUCUCUGCUUGAUGAACCCAAUCCAAACAGUCCAGCAAACAGUCAGGCAGCACAACUUUACCAGGAGAACAAACGUGAAUAUGAGAAAAGAGUUUCAGCUAUUGUUGAACAAAGUUGGAAUGAUUCAUAACAGCUUCUGUGUUAUUCUUCAUCCUCAUAAUCUUUAUGUAUAACUCUCAAUAGAAAGGCUACCAGAAGUUUCAAGUGCCACAGUUCUAUGAAUUUGCAUAAAAACUCAUUUGCAAACAGAAUUAAGCCCUCCAGUUUAGGGAAAGCUAAAAGCUUGUGUAUCUCAAUUAAUGUCCUUUUUAUUGCAUGUUAAAAACUAAGUUAUUGCUACAUAGAUUUGUAAUAUAUCCUGUUUGUAUUUUUUCCAAGUGUAUAAUGUUGGUGUGGAGUUUCAUGACAGAAUAUACACAUUUUGUAAAUCUGUACUUUUUCAAACAUUGAAUGCCUUAUUUUUGAAUUCUUUAGAUUUUUAAAUUGGAGAAAAGCACUUAAAGUUUUUAUAUAUUAAUAUUUCAUGUAAAACUGUUAAAUACAUAACCUUAGUGCAGGACAUUCUGCUCUCACUCUUAUCUUUUUCCAAGGGCUCAUUUUUUGUCCAUGCUGUUGAUACCCUGCACUUGACAAACAGAAAAGUUAAUCCACAAUGCAGCUGUCUUCAUGGCAUGUCUUUGCUUCUGCACCUCAGCCUUGACUUGAUUCUGUGUGUCCUCAGUUGUAUGAGGAAGAGAUAUUUUGAUAGCUUCCAAUUACAAAUGAAGAAGAAGAUACAACUAUUUUGCUGAAAGUCUCACCUUAAACCAGCAGCAGAGUUACAAACAUAACCAGGCUUGCGGAUAAAGUAUUCUAAUGAGUUUUAUUUUUCUGAAAUACUGUAUUUUACCAACCUGGAAAAUGUUGUCAUCUAAAUCUGUCCUAUACUCACACAGUGAUUCUGUAAUAUAGUUUUGAAUAUGUUCUAAUAAUUAAAGAGGUUUCCUAUUAGUUUCCCUUCAGGGUAGGGAAAAAAAAAUAAUCACCAACAGAAGAAAACAUGUCUGCAGAUUUAAUGGAGUUAUUCUUCAAAGCUUGACUGUGUACCAUGUGGUCAGGUCUCAUGUAUCACAAAAGCUCCACAUAUUCUUAAAUUGACAGUUUAAAGAACUUUGGCUUUGUUUUUUAA